AAUAGAAGUUUGAAAAAGAGAGAACGGAACUAGUCCAUCCACACUCCUACUUCCUACUUGCUUCCCAUCAAACACAUGAGCGCGUAGGCUAAACCAAACCAUCACAACACAACACAAAACAACAACAACAAGAAUAUUAUUAUUAUUUUGCAUAAUUUCUUUAUCCAAAUCAUUCAUAUUCAUAAUCAAUUUCAAUUUCCUGCAUAUUGCUAUCAGUUUCUACACAAUCAUCUCCUAUUAUUGAUCGGCCGGUGUUAUCAUGAUUAUCCGUUCAUCAUCUCCGGUCACCGGCGACCACUCCGUCGUGGUUUUCUGACGUCACGCGGUUUCCGUAACCCUAGAUCUCGUUUUUAUACGCUGAGAUCGAUAAAUUUCGAUAAUCAGUUUAGGUUUUGUAGUUAGGUUAUGGAUUUGGAUGAAUUUAAGGCGAUUUUAUCGAAUUCAACGGCCGAUGUUUGGGGAAUCAUUGAUGCGGCAAUAACCGUAGCUUCGACGGAAUAUUCCGGCGAGCUUAAGCGGCGUAGAGACGGAAUCGUGCAGCGGCUGUACUCCGAACGGUGUAGUAAUUGCGACGUGGAUCUGAGUGAGCAGAUUCCGAACGGCGUUGGCCGGAAGGUGAACGAUGACGUCAGAGGAGGUGAUGAUGACGUCAGAGGAGGUGAUGAUGACGUCAGAGGAGGUGAUGAUUCGCCGUUAACUCCGCAAGAGGAUGAAGAUGAUGAACCAGAUCCGUAUGGAGGUUUGUUUGAUGAUGAGCAGUCUAAAGUUCUGAGAAUUAAAGAGCAGCUUGAGGAUUCAAAUCAGACUGAUGAUGCUAUUGCUGAUUUGCUUCAAACCCUAGCUGAUAUGGAUCUGACUUUUACAGUCCUUAAGGAAACUGAUAUAGGAAGGAAUGUUAAUCGACUUCGAAAGCAUCCGUCAAAUGAAGUAAGAGGACUGGUGAAGCAAUUGGUGAGGAAAUGGAAGGAUUUGGUGGAUGAAUGGGUCGGGUCGAACAAUAGUACGCUUGCACGUUCUACUCUUACAGAUGGUGAUUCGCCUUUGGUGCAGAAUGUGCCAAGGGGUAGCCAAAAUGGAUAUCAACAGGGACCUGAUUUCGGCUAUUCUCCUAACCCACACAAUGGGAGUUCUGGUUCUGAAAGGAAUAAUUCUGAACCAGAGCAGAAUAGGCCGAAACCAGUCGCUACUAAAAAAGCUACACCUUCAAGACCACCGCCCCAGUCUCGCCCUGUGAUGGCGGCUUCUGCUUCUGCUCCUCCUCCAAAUCGAACACAGAGGGAGGAAGGUAUUGACAUGGACCGACUGGCUUCGGCCCGGAAGCGUCUUCAGGAGAAUUACCAGGAAGCCCAAAAUGCAAAAAAGGAAAGGAAAAUACAAAUGAUGGACAUCCAUGAGAUACCAAAGCCCAGGAAUGGAUUCAUUGCCAGGAACAAAGGCAACUUUCAUGGGAGGCAAAAUAGAUGAUGAUCUUUUACACUUUCUUGGUGGGUCCAGUUUCUAUAAAAUUACUCUCAUGGCAUAUACAACUGCUACUGCUUUGCUUUUUUAUCUUCUAUAACUUUUUUUUGGAUCCAAUGAUGUUUUCUUGUUAAGAAAUUCCUCUUUAAAUAUCUUAUUAAGUUAUAAAAUUCAGUUGUUUGGUUUCGGUUUACAA